AUGGGUUUCUUGGAAACCGUAAUCCUGUCCGCGCUGCAUGCCUCGCUGCUGUGCCCUGUAUGUUCGAGCGCUACGAUUGCACUGCUCGACCACGAGGAGGAAAAGCGGCGCCAGCGGUGGGCAGACUUCGUCUUCGUUCCUGCAAACUUGGAUGCCGGCUCAGCGUCUCCUCCGCAGAGUUUGGAAGCUUGUCGUGGCGAUCUUCAAUCCGAGCUUGGGCCCGCAGCAAUGGCUUCGAAACGUGAACUGGGAAGUGGUGCGUUUGGUGAUGUCACACUGCACGAGGAGGACGGGAAAUCGUACGCCCUCAAGACGAUUUCCCACCAGCUGCUAAAGCACCGCCAGCUUGAGGCCGCUGCACAGGACAUCCGUGCAUUGUCCGGUUCUACGGACAGUCUGUGGCAAACACAGUUCUGUGCAAGCGUGGGUGUGUAUACUUCUGCCAGCCUUUGGGGCAACCCGGCGGUUCGCGAACACGUGGCGUGUGUGGCGGAGGCGCUCUCCUACAUGCACUCCAAGCAGAUCAUGCAUAGAGAUGUGAAGCCCAAGAACAUGUUGUUGGACGCCCGUGGCUGCUGCAAGCUGUGUGAUUUUGGAUCCGCGAAGCUUUGCAGUGGCCGUGCUUAUAGUUUUGUGGGCACAGCGGAGUACAUGGCCCCCGAGAUGGUAAG